UAAUAGUAGCCCAGAAGCCACGCCAACGGUGAAAGUAAGCGUGGAAAGAGGGUGAAAAGCCGUCAGCCAUCACUCCGAAUUCCAAGACAUCCGGAAGAGAGGCGUUUCCCUAGGGAUUGAACACCGAUCAGCCCGUGAGUGUGAGCAUCAUCUCUCAUCAAGAUGGCGCCGUAUUAUCAAAGACCCGAAAAUGCUAUCAGCAAGGCCGAGGAGUUCAUCAACGUGGGCAAACCCAGCCGUGCCUUGGAGACGUUGUACGAUGUCAUCAAGUCUCGCAAGCGGAACAACACCUACUCGGAGAAGCUCAUCGAGCAGAUCAUGUGCAAGUACUUGGAGCUGUGCGUGGAUCUUCGCAAGUCCCAUGUGGCCAAGGAGGGUCUCUAUCAGUACCGAAACUUGUGCCAGUCCACCAAUGUGGCCUCGUUGGCCGACGUGGUCCAAGGCUACCUCAACCUAGCCGAAAAACGCACUGAUGAGGCGCGACAGAAGUCGCACGAUUCCGUGCAGGAGGUCGACGACCUCGAGAACCUGGCUACGCCCGAGAUGAUCAUGUUGAGUGCCGUCAGUGUGGAGGGCGCCCAAGAGCGCUCAGAUCGGACCAUUCUCAUGCCUUGGGUCAAGUUCUUGUGGGAGUCCUAUUGCCAAUGCUUGGAAUUGCUCCGCACCAAUUCGCGUGUGGAGCGACUCUAUCAUGAUAUCGCUCAACAGGCCUUCCAUUUUUGCCUCAAGUACCAGCGGAAGACCGAGUUUCGCAAGUUGUGCGACAAGUUGCGCAACCACAUGGAUCUGAUUUUCAAGCAGCCUCAAUCCUCGGGCAGCAUCAACUUGAGCAGCCCCGAGACGCAGGAAAUGAACUUGAAUACGCGUCUGGUUCAAUUGGACUCGGCUAUUCAAAUGGAAUUGUGGCAGGAGGCGUACAAGGCCGUGGAAGACAUUCACGGGCUCAUGACCAUGUCCAAGAAGGUGUUUUCGCCCAAGAUGAUGGCCAACUACUACCAAAAGUUGGCCUUGGUGUUCUGGAAGUCGGGCAAUCUGCUCUUCCACGCCGCCGCCAUCUUCAAGCACUUCCAAUUGAUUCGGGACAUGAAGAAGAACAUUUCUGCCGAGGAGUUGUCCAAGAUGGCCUCGCGCGUCUUGAUUGCCAUCCUGGCCGUGCCGAUUCCCUCUCAACACCCCGAGUUCGAGACCUUUAUCGAAACCGACCGCACGCCCCAGGAAAAGAUGGCCCGCUUGGCUGUUCUCUUGAGCUUGCAACAGGCUCCAACUCGUCAGAGUUUGUUGAAGGAUGCGUCUCGUUUCAGUGUGGUUCAAACCGCUACGCCGCAAAUCCGAGAUCUGUUCCAAUGGUUGGAAGUGGAUUUCCAUCCUCUCAAACUCUGCCAACGCAUUCAGACCGCCAUCAAGUUCGUCGAGGAGUGCGAUGACAAGUCCACAUUGGUCCAGUACAUCCCGGCCUUGAAGGAUAUGACUUUGGUGCGUCUCUUGAACCAAGUGUCACAAGUGUACCAGAGCAUUUGCUUCAGUCGCCUGCUCGAACUGGCCCCGUUUGCCGACGCGUUUGCCCUGGAGAGGGUGAUUGUGGAUUGCGUGCGACAUAACGACAUGCAAAUCCGUAUGGAUCACCGCACCCGCACCGUCCAUUUCGGUACGGAAUUGGCCGAGGCUCAGUCUUACACCAUGGCUGAAGGCCCUCAUCUCCAGGAUAUGCCCUCUGAGCAAAUUCGAACUCAGCUCAUGAAGAUGUACGAGGUCCUGAACAAGAGUCUGCGCACUAUCAAUCCGGACAAGUCCAAGGAAGAGAACAACACUAUCCGCAUGAAGAUUGUCGAGGCUUACAACAACUCGAAACAGCGAGAUCAUCAGAAGAUUCUCAAUCGUCAAAAGAUCAUCGAGGCCCUUAAGGAAGACCUGGAGAAGAUGAACAUUGAACGAGAUGUCAUGGAGCAAAAGAAGAUCGAUCAGCAAUUGCGUGAGCAGCAAAAGCUCGAAGAGGAGCGUCUUUUGGCGGAAAAAGAACAACGCCAACAGCGCAAGGAACAGGAGAUGAUGCAGCAAAUCAAGCAAAACCAUCUCACCGAGAAGAUCCAACAAUUCAAGCAAACCGACAUCGGUCAGAAGAUCCUGAAGCAGAUGGACGAAAAAGAAAUCGCCGAGUUGGACACGGAUCAAAUCAUGGCCCGCCAAGUGGAAGAACUCGAGAAGGAGAAACGAGAGUUGGCCAAUCGUCUCAAGAACCAGGAGAAAAAAGUGGAUCAUUUGGAGCGUGCCAAGCGACUGGUCGAGAUUCCCUUGCUCAAGAAAGCAUUCGAGGAUGACAUUGAGCAGGACAAGGUUUAUUGGGCUGCUCAAGAAAAAGAGCGUAUCGCCAAUGCCAUCAAAGAACGCGAAGAAGCCGUUCUGGCCAAGAAGCGAUUGGCUCGCAUGGCCCAAGAUAAGGAAUCCUAUCUGCAGAACCUACUGAAGGAGCGAAAGGCCGCUUUCGACAAGAAGUUGUCGGACUUUAAUCGCAGGAUUGAGCAAGAGCGGGUGAAAAGGAUGGCCGAUAGAAAGCAGCAAAGAAAAGAGGAACGCCGCAACCAAUGGAUGAAGCGCAAAGAGGAGGAAGCCCAACGGAAGCGGGACGAGGCCUUGAAACGGCAGCGUGAAGAGCAAGCUCGGCUGGACACGGAACGGAAAAUCAAGGAGGAGGAAGAGUAUCGCAAGGAAAAGGAGCGCCUGGAUGCCCUUGAGGAGAAAAGACGACAGCGCGAGAGGGAAGUCGAGGAGAAAUUGCAAGCUGAGCGUGAAGCCCGACCCCCUCCGACAAGAGCCAACCCUCCGGAGGAGAGAGAUUGGCGUGCCAAGAAGGAUGAUCAGCCACGAGAUGAGAGACCUCCGCCAUCCAGAGGCGGUCGAGACCGAGACGAUCGGCCUCUGGAUCGGCGUGAUAUGCGUGACGAUCGCGGAUUUGACCGACGAGACAUGCGCGAUGAUCGCGGAUUUGAUCGACGAGACAUGCGGGACGACCGCGGAUUCGAUCGACGUGACAUGCGAGAUGAUAGGCGCGCUGACGACCGUAAACCUAUGGAUCGAGCUGGUGGCUCGAGUAGCGGGCCUUGGAGAGCUGCCGGAGGAGGCUCCUCGAAGUGGAAAGAGCGGGAGAUGCAAAAAGACGAAGAAUGGACCAAGAAGGGAGAUUCGAGCGAACGUCGCGAGCCGGCUGGAGGAAGUUGGCGUGAUGCACCUCGAGAUAGAGGACCAGCCCGAGAUGAUCAUCGGGAUAGAGGACCGCGCCGAGAUGAUCGUCGAGAUGAUCGCCGAGAUGAUCGUCGAGAUGAUCGAGGCGGCGACAUGCGACGAGGUGAUCGUGGACCGCCCAUUCGUGGGGAUAUGCGAGGUGGACCACGAGAUGGUGACAUGCGUGGUGGACCUCGAGGCGGAUUCAGGAAGGCCGACGAAGCAAAUGAUUGGCGUAGUGCUGGCGCUGAUCGCACGUCUGAUCGGCCUCGAGGUGGGGAUCCUCGUGGACCACCAAGAAUGGAUGCGGGCCAUGAUCGGAAUGAUAUGAGAAGGAAAGAUCCUCCACCGUGUGAGGAUCGCCGCGAAGAUCGUGGAGGCGACGAUGGAUGGGUGAAAGUGGGUGCAGCCAAGCGCUAAAUCUGACUAAGAUUCCAUUUUAAGAUACGCCGAGCGAGUAAAUAUUGUAACAGUACUAAAAUAACCACCAUACAUUAAUGACUUGGGAUUUUCAAUAUAUGCUUUUGUUGUUA